AAGGAUCAGUGAAAAAGAGAUCAUCGCACAUCCUGCUCACUGAAACGAUUUGCUCGUGUCUUCAGUUUGUCAGUUCACUGACAGCUGAGAAACUCGGGAUUUCUAGUCCAGAAGAAAGAGAAAAAUUUGGAAGAUGAAGGUUCUUCUUCGCUAUGCUCUAGCCUGUUUGGUGUCUGCCACUGAGGAACUCUUACCGAUUUCAGGGAAUUUUAAUACCAUCUACCUGGAUUCCAAAGUUGACAGAGUGACAUACGAAAAUAGUUAAUUUAGGAUACUGAUGCGUGAAGUAAAUUAUUUUAAGAAUUACACAUCCAUGGGCAUGACGUUUUAUGUUAGAAAAAUGGGAAGUGCGAACUACACAUGAUUUGGGCAGAGAAAUUUCAUGUCCUUAACUGCUAUAGGAAAUUUUUCAGGGAAUUUUAACACCAUCUACCUAGCAGCCAAAGAUAUGAUCUUGACAGAAGAAAAUAGUCAAGUGAGAAUUUUGAUGCGUGAAGUGAAUUUUUUUAAGAAUUACACACUCAUCAGCAUGACCUUCUAUGUUAGGAAAAAUGGGAAAUGCCAACUACACACAGUUUGGGCAGAUAGACUUCCAUAUAAUUUCUACCCAUUGACAUGUAAUAAUGCAUAUGCAGAAUGCAAAAAAAAGGUUGGGUCUGAGAAAAUCAUUGGGAUCUGGACAGUUCGUGGUGCCUUUCAUCAUUUCCCGAAAAUCUACUAUGAACCGCAGGUAUAUGGGGGCUUAACCAGAUAUCCAAGUGUAUUUUAUAUUCAGAUACAUUUUGCCUCGAACACCACCAUUAUAUUCGAACUCAUCUAUGUUAAUGAUUUGGGAUACAGACAGAGGCUGACUGGAGCACUGGCAACGGGAAAAAAUAUCACUGAAGAAAUGUGGAAAGAGUAUUUGAAACGGACACAAGACUGUGAAAUCCCUAUUGAAAAUAUUAAAAAUAUCUACGAAGCAGAUGCAUGCCCUAAAUGGAACAAUUGAUCCCACGAGUAGAAACCUGGAAUUAUUCGCUGUUCUUGAUUCAUUUGAAUUCAAUUUUGAGGUCAAUUCAAUCAUGUAAACACAAUGUAUUCAUAUUUAUCACUCUUGAAUUUCUGCGAACACUCUUAUUAUCAAAAAUUGUUGCUGGCUUCAUCUUUGAUUAAACACAUUGGUUUCAAAUAUUGCAAAAUGUUUUCAAUAAAAUACCUGAUGUGCAUCAUGCAGUAGAUUCUACCAUAGCAGAAAUAGUGGCUGAACUUAUCACUUCAUUGUGAAUGGGAAUAAUUUUAAAACUUGUCACCAAGGAAUUUAUAAACUUCCUACAGAUAUAAAGUAUUUUAUUUUUUCUGUGUUGAUGAGGGAAGUACUUCUGUGUAUAUGUUUGUCUUAUUUGUUAAUAGAUGAAGCACAGUUGUUCGAUUGCGAAGCAUGAUAGGUGGGACUAGGAUUUGAGGAGGAGUCUGGGAAAUGUAGUCAAGAAUAGAGAGUUGCUUUGUGACCCAGGAAAGAGAGGACACAUAAGGCUGGCGUCCUCAGAAAGGUAAGUCCUUGUAAAAAUACAUAGAUUACAUAGAUUAGUAGUAGGGUUAAUAAUUAAGUCAGAGUUAGCCAACAAUAAUCCAUAGCAAACAUCCACCAGUUUCAUACGUAAUAUAGCAUCCUGCAUGUUCAUUUGAGAGCAACAUGGCACUGGGACCAGGCAGGCAGGAAGAAUGCUAGUUUCACUGUGUGUUUUUAUUUCAGAAAAUUUUCCAAAAAAUAUCUUAAAGGAACACACAGUGUAUUCUCAUAUGUACAUGUCUGACAAGGCUUUAAACAUAUAAUUUUAGAAUUGUUUCACUAAAAGCAAUCAUAUGUAUCUUUAUCUUUCUAUCUACAUCUACACAUCAAUUAUUGAAAAUGUUGUUUAAAAGAUAAUGUUAUAAUGAAAGACCCCUACCCAGGACCCCCCUAGGAAAAGAAAAGCAAGGCCAGGCCGUUGCCUAAUGAAAGAAACCCAGACCAGGUGUCUCACCCUCAAAACAGGAUGUCUGUGAUCACUAUAGCAGU